CUUUUCCACCAGAGCAGGAUAUCUUGCUGUCAGAUCCGGAGCUGUUGUUGACUGCACACAAAUCUGACCAGGAACUCUUGCCGUUAGUUACUUUACUCAUUGAGUACUUCUGCAGAAGAGACGGAACAUCUGGAUGAUCAUGGAUGAAUUCACUCCUUUAGACUGUCUGCUGCCUACAGGCACACAGAAAAUAUGUCUGAUCAUUCUCAACCAGCCUUUGGAAAAAGACAGUCUUCACACACUCUGGAGUAAAGCUCUCCUGCGGGCGUGUGCAGAUGGUGCGGCCAACCACCUGUAUGACAUCACCGCUGGACAACAAGACAGUUUUCUUCCAGACUACAUCAGUGGGGACUUUGAUUCUAUUACUGCAGAGGUCAAAGCUUUCUACACAGAGAAGAAGUGUCGGUUGAUAGAGACCGCUGAUCAGGAGCUGACUGACUUCACUAAAUGUCUGGCCAUCAUGGUGGAGGAGAUCAAGAGACAACAGCUUCAGGUGGAUACUAUAGUGACUCUGGGUGGUCUAGCAGGAAGAUUUGACCAGACCAUGGCUUCAGUAGAGACUUUGUACCACGCCCUCAAUAUGACAGAACUACCUCUGGUGGUUCUACAGGGAUGCAGUCUGGCCUACCUGCUACGACCGGACAUGAGACACAGGUUGGGAGUGAAUACAGGACUGGAGGGGGAAUGGUGCAGUCUAAUACCUAUAGGAGGACCAUGCAAAACACACACCACUGGACUCAAAUGGAACCUGGAAAACCAGGUACUGCAGUUCGGGAAGCUGGUGAGCACAUCCAACACCUACGAGCCUGUCGCCCAGGGAGACCAGAGGAAGCCUGUAACCGUGACAACGGACCAGCCACUGCUCUGGAGCAUGGGCAUCUGCAGGGACAGGAAAUGACAUCAUCGACCAGGGUGCUCCACCUCCUUCCAGAAUGAACAAAUGGGUGUCAUUUAAAUAGGCUAAUGGCUUCCUCUCCCCAACUGGAAAUUCACGCUUCUGCCGAGUUGAAAAAGUGUAAAAAUGCCUCUUUCCUUCCUUGGUGAAGGAAUCUCUGUACGGUCACAAGAGGAAGCCACUUUAGAUUUUAGAUUCACCACUAGCCUAGAAAACUCUGUCCUGAUUCCAAACUGGAGACUUGCUCCCUUCCCCUUGAAGACUAACCAUUGCAUAUCUGAGGUGGGGGUCAAAUCCAUACUUCUCAAGGGUGGAUUUUAGGGUGCAAGUCUACGGUUUGGAACUCAGCCCCAAUGUGCCUUCACCGUUGUCGCUUAACAAACAGAGAUUCACAUUAUAUACAAGUCAACAUAAGGCAAGCUGCAUAUUUCUUUGAUUUAUUAACACAGUCAAAUAAAAACAUUGCAAACAAUGUUUUUUUUAAAUGGCAUCCCUUCACUAUCCUCCCACCACCACUUUUCCACAUUGCCCUGCUGCCAAAGGUCUCUGGUUAUUGUAGUUCUGUAGCAUCUCCAGAGGUUAAACCGCCCCUGAGAGAGAUACGAGAACUCACAAUAACACAGAGGCUAAUUCAGUUUCUCCCCUUUACCCAAUAGUAUACAAUCAUCCACACCUCUUAACUGUAGUGGCAGAAAUGCUGUAUGCCUUAUACUUUAAAAUAGUGUGUUUCACACAUUCCAUCAAAUCAAAUAGAACUGUAAAACAUAGUUUGAUAUUAUCGCAGACCUACAUGCAUCUAUGCACAUAUCUUGAUAACAAAUGAAUCAUAUAUCUUGUAGACAGGUAGCAUUAGUGCACUUUAGAACACUGUAGUCAAAUCACCCAAAACCUAACCUAACCUAAAAAGCCAAAUGGACUGAACUUGAAUUGUUUUCUACCAAUAAUGUGCACAAUAGAGUACUGACUGACUACUGUCCAACUGACUCCUGGUGGGUGUGUCCUGCAGUGUCUUGUCCUAUGUUGAAGGUGUGGUCCUACUUUCACAAUGUUAUUGUUGAAGAUGUGGAUGAGCUUGACAAAGAACCCAAUGAAGCUCAUGAUGGCAAACCCAAUCACUGUCGCCAUGGCAAUCUUCUGGAAUUCUAGAACAGAGAUCAAGAGAGAUGGUACAAUAAUAUUCUCUCGUCACAGAAUCAUGACAUUUUACAGACCUACAAUUCCAGAGAACUCCACAAGAACCUUCUUGAUCGAUGUGGUUCCAAAUCAACAUUUCUUUCUGAGAAAGAUGGGACUUUUGUCAGCAAGGCAAUGAUGACUGUUUUACAGGAGUUUUAUUGAAUCUGUGUUGAUGUUUUCAACGGUGGCCUGGUUUGGCAAUCUUAAUGUUUGCAACAAAAACAGGCUAGACAGUGGUAGAGGUGGCCAGCAAGGUCAUCGGGGUGCAGCAGACACAGCUCUUAGAAACUUUUAGGAAGUAAGUGAUGAGGAGAGCUAACAGUAUCCUAGACUGUCCUAAUCACCCGGGCAUUGACGAUUUUGAGCUCGUCCCUUCAGGUCAUUGUUUUCAACUUCCCAAAUUCAAGAGCAAUAGAUCCAAGAACUCAUCCCACAGGCCAUAAACUUUCUAAAUCUACACAUGAAAAGAAAUAAUGCAUAUUUAUUGAUGCACGUUUGCACAAUGACUGCACCUUGUAUUGAUCGUACACUGUAACCAAUCGCAUGAUGUAUAUCUGUUGUAUGGUUGUCACUGUUUUUAAAUGUUGUCUUUAUUGUUGAACCCUGACUGCACAACACAUUUCCCAAUUGGGACAAUAAAGACAUUUGAUUGUUUGAUUGAA